UUUAUACUUUUAUUCAAUGCAAGCAUUAGAGAUACUGUUUUCCAGAUUACUUAGUAUCUCACUUCAAAUAGGUAAGUACUAGGCUAUCUGUCCAAGGGCAUUUGUAAGCCUAGCCAGAAUGUGUUGGCUUUCAACACCCCCUUAGAUUAGUUCCCUGUGCCUCUGUCCAGCAGAGUCAUCAGUUCCCUGCGGAUUUUUACUUUCUCACAGACAACGUGAGUGCAUAACACAAGAGAUAACAUAGGGUCCUGCUGCAGAUGUGGGUUCAUUUUCACUGCCAGCAGUAUUGAUUCAGCACUGGGCAGUAUCAGACUGUGUAUCCCUUUUUAGACCUAUGUGGUACAUGUUCAUUGUUGUUAAUACAUGAAAAAUACCAAAGAUUAAAAAUAAAUAAUAUUCCUUGGCAUAAUUAUAUUAAAUUCUGAGGCACGUUGUUAGUAGUUGUUACACAAUGUUUUGCAUCCAAUGUCGUAUGUAUAAGCUCCUCAUUUUGCUUUCUUUGAAGACGAUGCCUGGAAGUCUUGAAGAAAAAAGGUGACUUCCUGUCUUUCAGCCAUUAAGUAUAGUUAAUUAGCACAGUUUAUGACUCAAACAGAUCCAUAGUUCUUUAAAAGAAAUCAACAUAGCCAGCACAUUUGUAGCCAUUUAUGCAGCCCAGUGAAGCAAAGAUAGGACACCACCAUGUCAGGACAUGUUAAUGACUGAAUUAAACUGCACAGUGCACAGCCCAUAUGCUGUCUCGUCAGUCUGCAGUGAGCAUCAGAAAUGCACUGUUACCCCAGAAAAGGAGAACAACUUUCUGAGAGCAUAACCCUUUACAUAAACGCCAGCCCUACCUGACUUUACUACUUAACUAGUGCCGCUAGUUGAAGUUUCAGGCUGGAAUGUUGAAAAUUUUCACGAAUUUGUAGAUUAUUCUUUCAUAUGAAAACUGUUGCGUACUCCAUACUUCACUAUAGACAACGUAGUACAGCCUUAGACUUUCAGUGAAGUUUACUGGUGCAUUGGUAUGGUUGUUACCCACUCGCAGAUUUUUCUCCACCUUCAUCGGCAUCAGCAUGCCAUCCUCAUCUUUGUUGCCUCUUUUUCAGAUAACUCUGCCUCCUUCUACGGGGUCUAGGCAGAUUGAUUGCAUGCCUGUGUGAGUGUAGUGUGGUUUCUUGAGACAAGUCAAAGUGAAGAAGUCGCCAGAGAGUUUGAUCUUAUUUCCUCACUGAAGUAACAUCUGGAAGCAGUCAGCUGGCUGAAAGGGGGUGGGGGGCUUGUCGUCCUCACCCUUCUCGCCUCUCUAACAUACACGCAUUUAGUCUCUCUCUCCCACUGUUUGUUGCGCUCCUUCGUUCGAAGAUCUUGGCUUGGAAUAAGAGUUUGUGCAGCAGUAGCAUCAGUAGGAGGAGGGGCAGAGAGGUUUACAAGAAAAAAAUCUGUCAUUUUCUCUUCCUCGCUUCCUGGACAAAAAAGAGGCUUAACCCUCUGAGAGCUGCCCUGGAUAGAUUAUCCUUUAUUUCUUUUUUGCAUCAUUUUUUCUUCCUUCUUGCACUGUUUCAUCACCAGCACUUCUCGUUGCUGCAGCAGUAGGUUGUGGUGCUGUGCUGGGUCUGGGAGGAGAGAGAGGGGCCCGGAUGUAGGCGGCAGCAGCAGCAGGAUGCGUGGCUGCCUCUGUACCGGAGGAGAGCAUCUGAUUCGGGGUUUGCAGCAUCCUAUGAUGGGGAUCAGGUAAAAAAAAAUCGCAAAGAAAAAGAAGGAUAACGCGCAGACACAUACCCGAUAACUGGCGAACCGAAGGAGGCAAGAAAGCAACCGGGCCAUUGUCAAGUGCAUUCAGCCAGCCCUUGACUUUGGAACCAAACUGCUGGAUCCGUAAACCAUCCUGCAGGGAUCUGCACCCUGGGGUUUCCUGACUUUAGUUCGAUGGUUAAUGAAAACGUGAUGAUGUACAUACCAGAGGAAAACCACCAAGGUUCCAACUAUUCCAGCCCCCACACUGCACAUGCCAAUGUGAAUGCUAAUGCAGCUGCAGGCCUUGCUUCAGAGCACAUUCCUACACCAGGUGCUGCCCUGUCCUGGCAGGCAGCAAUUGAUGCUGCCAGGCAAGCUAAGCUGAUGGGAAGUGCUGGCAAUGCAGGGAAUGCCACCGUAUCAACAGCAAGUUCCACACAGAGGAAACGUCAGCAGUAUGGCAAACAGAAAAAACAAGGUAGUAGCACAUCUACCCGGCCACCACGGGCACUGCUGUGUUUAACCCUGAAGAAUCCAAUUCGGAGGGCGUGCAUCAGCAUUGUUGAAUGGAAGUAUCCUUUCUGA